UUUUACUGUAGAAGUGAGAAAGUGUCUGCUGCUUUCUAGUGUCCAUCCAUUCUCUUCUCCUUCAAAAACGGUUUAGGUCUUUAGAACCAUGUGUGUGUUGGGAGAGAGAGUAAGAGGAACUGAAAUGGCAGCAGUGUUGAAGUAAAACAGUAAUUAGUGGUGUGUGAGGAUCAUGGAUGUCCCUCCACCCCAACACACACACACACACACACUAGGUAUUUGCAAUUUGACAGAACUAAGCCCUACUCUUUCAUGACAUUCUGAUAUAAGAGAAUAAAAAUUCUUCAGUAUGAUUACUUUCCAAUGGCAUGUGGUAUCAAAACUAUUCUGUAUAAAAGGCAAACGUAUCAAGCCUUUGAGUGUUUACUCGAGGGUUCAAACAGAGUGACUUCCUUGAUUCUUUCUGUUAGGUCGUUUCCUUUUUAGGAAACGGGCCGUUGCCUUGCAGUCCCUCAUGGGAUUCUGUGGGAAUUCCUUAGCUGGUUUGCUCUGCAGUUGGUUCUCAGUUUUCUACCAUUGUUGUUGCAGCAAGUGAGGGAUAUGGAACUGAAAUUAAAAGUAUUUCGCUUCGUACCACUCCUAAGAGAGUUCUGUCCUUUAUCUGUUAAAAAUAGGUUUUUAAUGUGGGCAAACCGAUUUUUGGUCACAAAUAUGCAGUUGGCAAAGUGGGAUGAUAACCUCAUAGUGUGCUGUUUUACAGCUAAUUCCAUUGCAUGGUCAUAUACCCAUACACAUAUAGAAUACUUCUACAGUAAAGUAUGUGUAUAGAAUAUACCAAAAAAAAAUACUAAAAAUUAUAUACUAUCCUCUCGGGUGGAUUAGACUGCUACUGCUUCUUUGCAAGCGUAUGAUGACAUUGUUGGGUUUACAUGCAACACUGUGUGACAAGAAUAUGUUUGCUUUUGCUGUAAUCCCACAAUUCCUCUUUCUCUGCCAAACGUGCCAAAAGUUAAAAACCUGUCCAACCAGUCAUCAUGUUCAUUGGCUGCUUGUAGUUUGGGAUUCACUCUUUACAGCAGUAGGCACAUUUCCCUUUUUAGGGCAUGAGAAUGUAUUACGUAAUUUAGGGAGCACUCGCAUCUCUAGCAAACUCGACCCUGGCGAAGGGGCGGAGUGUGCCGGGAAGGAGUGACACUCUAAGUGGCCCAAUCGCGUACACGAGGACCUGCCUUCCGCGCCGCCGAUUGGCCGGAAGGUGGCCGUGGUUUCCAUUGAGGUUUAGGUUGCUCACUCGCUCUGUGGUUGGCGAGUUUUUCACGUUGAUGGUUUCGGAGGGAGUAGUUGUAGUCUUCCCGGAGUGUGGAGCGGUCCUGGGGGAAGUGCUGGAGAGGAAACUCACUUUGCGAACAGGCGGUUUGUUCUUUUCUCUCUCGGAGAGCAGUUUAAACAAAGUUUGUCACCAUGCCGGUUUUUCACACGAAGACGAUAGAGAGUAUCCUGGAGCCGGUGGCUCAGCAGAUAUCCCAUCUGGUGAUCAUGCACGAAGAAGGUGAAGUUGACGGAAAGGCUAUCCCGGACCUCACGGCACCGGUGGCCGCCGUGCAGGCGGCUGUCAGCAACCUCGUUCGGGUGGGGAAAGAGACUGUCCAGACUACAGAGGACCAGUUUAUGAAAAGGGACAUGCCUCCAGCUUUUAUUAAGGUGGAGAAUGCCUGUACUAAGCUGGUGCAGGCUGCGUCCAUGUUGAAAGCUGAUCCGUACUCCGUCCCUGCUCGAGAUUACCUCAUCGAUGGCUCCCGGGGCAUCCUCUCUGGGACCUCUGACCUGCUCCUAACCUUCGAUGAGGCUGAGGUUCGCAAAAUCAUCCGUGUGUGUAAGGGCAUCCUGGAGUAUCUGACCGUGGCAGAGGUGGUGGAGUCUAUGGAGGACCUGAUCACGUACACGAAGAACCUAGGACCAGGCAUGACGAAGAUGGCGAAGAUGAUUGACGAGCGACAGCAGGAGCUGACUCACCAAGAACACCGCGUGAUGCUGGUCAACUCCAUGAACACAGUCAAAGAGCUGCUGCCUGUCCUCAUCUCAGGUAUCAAGAUCUUUGUCACAACCAAGACAUCCGGGAGCCAGGGCGUGGAGGAAGCCUUGAAGAAUCGCAACUUCACCGUUGAGAAGAUGAGCGCGGAGAUAAACGAGAUCAUCAGAGUGCUGCAGCUCACAUCCUGGGAUGAGGAUGCCUGGGCCAACAAGAAGGACACGGAGGCCAUGAAGAGGGCUCUGGGGCUUAUCGACUCUAAAAUGGCUCAAGCCAAGAACUGGCUGAGGGAUCCGAACGCCCAACCAGGGGAUGCUGGGGAACAGGCUAUCCGCCAAAUCCUGGAUGAAGCGGGGAAAGUUGGGGAACUGUGUGCAGGGAAGGAGCGCAGAGACAUUGUAGGCACAGCCAAGACCCUGGGACAGAUGACCGAUCAAGUUUCCGAGAUGCGGGCUAGAGGUCAAGGGGCAUCUCCUGCUGCCAUGCAGAAGGCCCAGCAGGUGUCUCAGGGGCUGGAUGUGCUCACAGGGAAAGUGGAAAAUGCUGCUCGCAAGCUGGAAGCCAUGACCAACUCCAAGCAGGCUAUUGCCAAGAGGAUUGAUGCUGCACAGAACUGGCUGGCAGACCCCAAUGGUGGCCCAGAGGGAGAAGAGAACAUCAAGGCUCUCCUCACCGAGGCUAAAAAGGUUGCUGACAUGAGUGAGGACCCAAAAGAAAGAGAUGACAUCUUGCGCUCUCUUGGGGAGAUUGCUGCCCUCACUGCUAAGCUGUCUGACCUCAGAAAGCAGGGUAAAGGUGAUACCCCAGAGGCCAGAGCUUUGGCUAAACAGAUCGCCACAGCUCUGCAGAACCUGCAGUCCAAGACCAACAAAGCUGUGGCCAACAGCAGGCCCGCAAAGGCAGCUGUUCACCUGGAGGGAAAGAUUGAACAGGCCCAGCGCUGGAUUGACAACCCCACCGUGGACGACAGUGGCGUGGGGCAGGCAGCCAUCCGAGGGCUGGUAGCAGAGGGCCGCCGGCUGGCUAACGCCCUGCCUGGUCCCUACAGGCAGGAGUUGCUUGGCAAGUGUGAGCAAGUGGAGCAGCUCAUGGCCCAGCUGGCAGACCUGGCUGCACGGGGUGAAGGGGACUCCCCUCAGGCACGUGCUGUGGCUCAGCAACUCCAGGAGGCCCUGAAAGAUCUUAAAGGAAAGAUGCAGGAGGCCAUGACUCAGGAAGUGUCAGACAUCUUCAGUGACACCACCACUCCCAUUAAGUUACUGGCUGUGGCCGCCACUGCGCCUCUCGAUGCCCCAAACAGAGAUGAGGUCUUUGACGAAAGGGCUGCCAACUUUGAGAACCAUGCCAAUAAGCUUGGUGCCACGGCAGAAAAGGCUGCUGCUGUAGGAACGGCCAACAAAAGUACAGUGGAGGGAAUCCAGGCUGCCGUCAAAUCAACAAGAGACUUAACACCACAAGUGGUAUCUGCCGCUCGUAUUCUGCUGAGAAACCCUGGCAAUCAAGCUGCAUAUGAGCAUUUUGAGACUAUGAAAAACCAGUGGAUUGACAAUGUUGAGAAAAUGACAGGUUUGGUGGAUGAGGCUAUUGACACCAAGUCCCUGCUGGAUGCCUCAGAGGAGGCCAUCAAAAGGGACCUGGAUAAGUGUCGCGUGGCCAUGGCUAACCAUCAGCCUCAAAUGCUGGUCGCCGGUGCCACCAGCAUUGCUCGCAGAGCGAACCGUAUCCUCCUGGUGGCUAAACGAGAGGUGGAGAACUCUGAGGAUCCCAAGUUCAGGGAGGUGGUGAAGGCCGCGUCUGAUGAACUGAGCCAGACCAUCUCCCCCAUGGUGAUGGACGCUAAAGCAGUGGCUGGGAAUAUCCACGAUCCAACCCUUCAGAAGGGCUUUCUGGACUCUGGCUAUCGGAUCCUUGAUGCCGUGGCAAAGGUGAGAGAGGCAUUCCAGCCCCAGGAGCCAGACUUCCCGCCACCUCCUCCUGAACUGGAUCAACUGAAUCUUAACGAUGAGCCAGCACCACCCAAGCCUCCCCUCCCUGAGGGUGAGGUCCCUCCUCCCAGACCCCCUCCCCCAGAGGAGAAGGAUGAGGAAUUCCCGGAGCAGAAGGCUGGUGAGAUGGUGAGCGAGCCAAUGAUGGUGGCUGCUAGGCAGCUUCACGACGAGGCCCGCAAAUGGUCCAGCAAGGGUAAUGACAUCAUUGGUGCUGCUAAGCGAAUGGCCUUGCUCAUGGCUGAGAUGUCACGUCUGGUGCGUGGUGGCAGCGGAAACAAACGUGCCCUCAUCCAGUGUGCCAAAGACAUCGCUAAGGCUUCUGAUGAGGUUACACGGUUGGCCAAGGAAGUGGCUAAGCAGUGUACCGACAAACGAAUCCGUACAAACCUGCUCCAGGUGUGUGAGCGCAUUCCCACCAUCAGCACGCAGCUAAAAAUCCUGUCCACAGUGAAGGCCACUAUGUUAGGUCGCACCAACAUCAGUGAGGAAGAGUCUGAGCAGGCCACAGAGAUGUUGGUUCACAAUGCUCAGAACCUGAUGCAGUCCGUGAAGGAGACUGUCAGGGAGGCUGAGGCAGCUUCCAUUAAGAUCCGGACAGAUGCAGGUUUCACACUUCACUGGGUCAGAAAGACUCCCUGGUACCAGUAAGAUAAAGGCCACUGUUCCUCUGCUCUGUGCUACUUCAGCCCAGCUGGCCAAACGGAGAACUGAAGCUUGAGCAGCUGAUAUAAUGGACAAGUAUUUGCUUCUUCUUUUUCUUCAGGCUAUGAUGUCAGCAUCCCCUAACCUUAUUAAGGGCAAAAUGCGAUAAUACACAAUUUCUCCACUGGUCAUGUGACCUGUCUGUAAGCAGAAGCUGUUUUAGAAUGUUUAAGAUUGGACUGUCAGUGCCAACACUAGAUUCUCACUGGGAAAUUUGUUUGUCUAAUGUUUGUAAAAAUGAGUUUUAGGAUAUAUAUAUAUAUAUAUAUAUAUAUAUAUAUAUAUAUAUAU